UAUGCUUUGCUGACUAACCAACUUUUGUAAAAGUGAGUCUUCUUAUAUUAUCAGGUCAAUGAGCAAGUUAAUAGAACCAAACCUUAAUUCUUUCUUUCGUCCAUGGAGUCUUGCUUUUCUUCCAGUUGUUGGCGUUAUCUCCACGCACCCAGAAGUCCAGAAAACCCUAGUCCUGCACUGCACAGACACUUCCGGGAGGGUUUGAGCAAGCCAAUGAUGCCAAACAUGGAAUCUAAUCACCAUUUGAAUAGGUUUUUGAGAGAAGAAGAUCAAACGCCCUUGCAACAUCUUCCGUACAGAGUCUUGAAAGAAGCAGAUAUCAGUCAACGCCAGCUUCAUGACAUUACAGAGGUUUGCUCCACACUGUCUGUGUCAAGAUCCGCCGCGAUCAUCUUGCUACGCCACUGUAAUUGGAAUGUCAGCAAGCUGUUCGACAACUGGUUUGAUGAGGAGGACGAGGUUCGAAUCACGGUGGGUUUGUUUAAGAACCCACCUGUUGAUCAAUUCUCUACUGAUGGUUCAUUUACUUGUGAAAUUUGCUUUGAAACGUUUCCUGGUGGCGAUGAUUUUGAUGAUCGAAGAAUUAGCUCCACCUUUUGUGAUCAUUUCUAUUGUAGAGCAUGUUGGGUUGGUUAUAUUAGCAAAUCAAUUGCCAACGAUGGCCUGGGAUGCUUGUCUCUGAAAUGUCCUCAUCCAUGUUGUGGUGCUGCUGUUGGUGAAGACAUGAUCUUUGUGUUGGUAGCGGAGAGUGCCGACAAAGACAAGUAUUUGAGGUACCUGCUGAGAUCUUAUGUGGAAGACAGUUACAGGAAGAGGAAGAUAAAGUGGUGCCCUGCUCCUGGUUGUGACCAUGCUGUGGAUUUUGUGGAUUAUGUUGAUGGCAGUGGAGGAGCUUGUGAUGUUUCUUGCCUCUGCUCAUAUAUAUUUUGUUGGAAUUGUAACGAGGAAGCUCACAGUCCGGUGAAAUGCGAUACUGUGGCAAAGUGGAUGUUGAAGCACAAGGAUGAGUCUGAAAAUACGAAUUGGAUUCUUGUAAACACCAAGCCUUGUCCAGAGUGCAAGCGACCCAUUGAGAAAAACCAAGGAUGUAGCCAUAUGAGAUGCAGGGCGCCUUGUAAGUUUGAAUUUUGCUGGAUAUGCCUCGGACCGUGGGGCGGUAGCCAUUCUUGUAACUCUUACCUGCAGGGGGUGAAGAAUGAGAGUGAUAAAAGGAAAGAGGUGGCGAAGUUGAAUUUAGACAGAUACGUUCAUUAUUAUGAGCGUUGGGUAGCUAACCAUGAGUCUAGGAAAAAAGCUCUUGUAGAUUUUCAGCUUGUGCAAGAUGUUCAUUUAAAGAAGCUCGAUAGGAAAUACAGGCAAACUAAUCCGAUUCUCAGUUUCAUAACAGAGGCCUGGCAGAAGAUAAUCGAAUGCCGGCGGGUGCUGAAAUGGAGCUAUGCAUAUGGGUACUAUAUCCCUAAGCAUGAGCAUGGUAAGAGGCAGUUUUUUGAGUACUUGCAAGGUGAGGCAGAGUCUGGCUUGGAAAAGCUCCAUCAUUGUGCAGAAGUGGAACUAGAAGAGCAUAUCAAUGCCGAUAAACCCAUUGAAGAUUUCAUGGAAUUUCGAACAAAGCUAGUCCAACUGAUUGUUUUGAUUGGAAAUUACUUCAAGAACUUGGUGAGAGCGAUGGAGAAUGACCUUCCGGAGAUAAGCUCUUACGGGGAUUAUUGGUCUUGUUAUAUCUGUACCUAUGUCAAUGAGGGUUCUGCCACCAUGUGUGUGAUGUGUUGUUCAGAGUCGCCAGUGCAUGGCGAGGUCUAAUCCAAGAAAAGGAACUUUUGAGCAAAAUUGGUUAUUUUGUAAGGUACGUGGGAUAUAUAGUUUCUUGAAAAGAAAAGCCUCUUGUAUCUGGUGCAUGAAACAGAAUUUCUGAGGGAACAGAAAAGCUUCUUGAAAAAAACACUUGUUGCUACCAUCAUUCGUUCUUGUUCUUUUAACUGCCAUCCACAUUUCUAUUCGAGCACUUGCAAGGCCACGCAGAGUUAAGCCUGGAUAGGCUUCACACGUGUAGAAAACGACCUGCGGCAGUUUGUUUCGGCUGAGGCCCCAUUGGAAAGUUUCCAUGACUUCCGUUUAGAGCGUUGGAAAAUGGCCUGUCAGAGAUAAGCCCUUAUGUUAUGUGUGAAAUGCGUUCAGACCCUUCGUGUGCCUGAUGAGUUCUAAUCAAAGAAGAGGGAACUUGUAGUUGGUACAAAUUUAAAGCUCUUGUUGGCUAUAAUAUGUUCUGUUUCCGUGGGAUUUUAUUUUA